GCGUUUCUCGACGCGAUCGCGAAUUGAUGAACAUUAUCUAACGCCAAUAAAACACUUUGGGGUGCCUGCGCCGCGCAUGCGAGACACCACCAGUAGCCAGCAACGAACAUGACGAGGUGACAUCCCACGCGAGUUGCCGCACCACGAAUCGGAAAACAAUGGCGCUUCCUCUGCCCCCGGGCCUGACCCACGCCGAAGUGGCCUUCCUCGCAGAAAUGGAACUCGUCACGGUCGUACCGCGCCAGCGACUCGACAGCAUUGACCUGCUCAGCGGCAAAACCCCGCCGCUCCGCCCGCCGCACCGAGCCGACCUGCCCCUCUGGCUGGCCCUCCUGCUCAAGAAGCAGCGCCGCGCCAACAUCCUGCCCCCGGCCUGGCUGCACCCGGACUCGCUCCGGUCCAUCCUCCUGCACGAGACCAAGGUCGACCCGGACGCCUUCUCCCCGCCCCCGCCCCCGCCCGCCCGCGCCGACCCGGCCCGCCCGGGCAUGGUGGUGCCGCGCCGCCCCCAACAACAACAACAACAUCAACAACGACAGGCGGGGAGGGGUGGCGGUGGCGACUUGACGCUCUCGGCGCCCUUCGUCGCGUCUUGCACCGCCGACGCCCCCGCCGGAUACCUACCGUACCACUGGCUCGAGGUCGCCGAGGCGCUGCUGGCGCACGCGGGCGACGACGUGGCGGCAGCCCUGGGGGGCAGUGGUGGUGGUGGUGGUGGUAGUGGUGGUGGGACAACAACAACAGCAACAACAACAUCGUCAUCAUCAUCAGCGUCGACGUCAUCCGCGGCCGGGGAGGUGAGAGGCCUGCUGCGGGACCUGGUGGAGGUGCGGGCGGCCAAGAUGCGGAGCAGCGCCGCGCGGCUGGAAGGGUUCGGGGGCGGGCUGAUGAGCCUGCGGGGCGUGGGCGCGAUGGAGCUGGCCGAGAGCCGCGGGUUCGUCCUCGGCGUCGUCGACGGGGUGCGCAAGCUCGGGGCGACCACCGAGGCGGCCCGGCGGGAGGAGGAGGAGGAGGAGAGGAUGGGCGAGGGGUUGGGGGAGGGCGAGAGCGACGAGGAGAUGGGGAUCUGAGAUUAUAUAUUCUCGAGAUUCGGAUUGGGGACGGAAGGAAAGGCGGAACAGGAAGAACGGGGAGAAACGGGGAAGUGCGGAUGGCUGGGUUGGGUGGGCUUGGGUUUGGAAAGUUCGCGAGAACUUUGCAUGCAAGAUGAUGGAGUUGCGUGCGCC